GGUUUAACUGCCCGGAAACGGAAGUCUCGUCCUUUUUCGUCCUUUUACUCGGUGGCUGCUUGCUGUGAGUGUCUCUAGAGUGGUACGCGGGUGAGAAGGGUCCUGGUCCGCGCCAGCUCCCUGCGCGCCUCGUCGCCAUGCCUCGGAAAAUUGAGGAAAUCAAGGAUUUUCUGCUCACAGCCCGACGAAAGGAUGCCAAAUCUGUCAAGAUCAAGAAAAAUAAGGACAAUGUGAAGUUUAAAGUUCGAUGCAGCAGAUACCUUUACACCCUGGUCAUCACUGACAAAGAGAAGGCAGAGAAACUGAAGCAGUCCCUGCCCCCUGGUUUGGCAGUGAAGGAACUGAAAUGAACCAGACACACUGAUUUGAACUGUAUUAAAAUACUAAAAAUCCUAA